UUUGAAUUUGACAUCAUUAACGUAGCGUCACUACAGCUACAGUCAAAAAUAUCAUCAUGAAAUGUAUAAAGUAAUAAAUAUGUCAUGUAUCCAUACAGGUUUGGGUGUUCUUCUGAUGCUGGGCAUAGCCGCUUCCAGCAAACUGGUGUGUCACAUGACCAACUGGGCCCAGUACAGGGCCGCCAAUGGCAAGUUCACCUCAGACAACAUCGACCCAUUCCUAUGCACGCACGUCAUCUACAGCCUGGCCACCAUCAACAACUUCAACCAAAUCGCCACCAUUGAGUGGAACGAUGAGCAGCAGUAUAUCAGACUGAACAACUUGAAAAAGGCCAACCCUGCACUGAAGACUCUGCUGUCCGUUGGAGGAACAAAAAAUGGAAUUAGCCCAUUCAUCAUGAUGGUCGCCAAGCCCGAGAGCCGCGCCACCUUCAUCAAGUCGGUUAUCAGCUUUUUGAGAACCCAGAACUUUGACGGACUGAAUCUGGCUUGGGAAUAUCCCACCUUCAACAGCAGCCCCAUGCAGGACCGGGAGAGAUUCACUCUGCUGGUUAAGGAGUUGUCUGCAGCUUUUGAGACGGAUGCCAGCGACUCCAAGAAGCCUCAACUCCUUCUUUCCGCCAAUGUGGCGUCCAUCAGAGCUACCAUUGACCGAGCCUACGAGGUCAACAAAAUUGCAGCAUACUUUGACUUCAUCAACAUCAUGUCGUACGACUUCCACGGACACUGGGAGGAAGCUACCGGACACAACAGUCCUCUCUACCCCAGUUCCAUGGACUCUGGAACGCACAUUCACCAUAACAUUAACUCAUCUGUGUCACACUGGUUGGCGCUCGGCGCCCCAGCCGAGAAGCUGCUCCUGGGCUUUCCAACCUACGGUAGAACCAACCGCCUUACGACGCCUGCUAACGGCUUGGGAGCACCAACUAACGGACCAGCCGACGCCGGGCCGUACACUCGCACUGCUGGGUUCUGGGCCUUUUAUGAGGUGUGUGGCUUCCUCACCAGUGCUUCCGUUGAAUGGAUCGAGCAGCAGAGCGUUCCUUAUGCCACUUAUGGCAGUGCUUGGGUGGGCUAUGAUGACCAUCGCAGCUUCUCAUCUAAAGUGCAAUGGCUGACUGAGAUGAACCUGGGAGGUGCUCAUGUGUGGACUCUUGACAUGGACGACUUCAGUGGAUCCUUUUGCUCAUUAGGAUCUUAUCCACUCAUCAACCACCUCAGGCUGUCAAUGGGGUUCCCGCCUAAACCCACCACCACGCCAGCUCCCACCACCACCAAGGACCCCAUGGCCAGCUUCUGCCACGGGCGUCCUGACGGCCUGUAUGAGAACACAGCUGAUAAGACCACAUUCUUCCAGUGCUACCUUGGAAACACGUACUUGCACCGCUGCCAACCGGGACUCAUUUUCUGGGACUCCUGCAAGUGCUGCAACUGGCCUUGAUACGCAACAAUACACAAACACACACACACACACACUACCGGAAGUACUGACUCCACAACA